AUGCUGUGCCGGGCGCAGGCACUGCGGAAGAACCUGUUCGCGGUGGGCGGCGACCUGUUCGAACCGGGCAAGGUACAAGUGACAUGGUCGCCACGAGGCAACCUCUUCGCGGCCGUCGGCCAGUCCAACAAGGUCUUCAUAUUCGACCGGACAGGCGCCAUGAACUGCGACGUGGCGCUGCCUGCUGCGAACGGCAACCCCGUCGUCGCUGGGUGCGAGACCGCGGCCGCGGCGAUCGCGUGGGACCGCAGCGGUGACCGCCUGGCCAUCGCCGCGGCCAGUACGGGCGACGUGGUCCUCUGGAACCGCGGAACGAAGGCGGUGACGUACGCGGACCUCCCGUUCAGCGGCUGUUGCUCGCUCGCGUGGGACGAGGACUCGGCGCUGCUGUUCAUCGGCACGCUGCAAGGCAACUUCGCGCUGUAUGACGACGCCGACGGGACGGCCAACUCGCUCACGGGCGUCCACACGGGCCGCAUCACCGCCGCGUGCUGGGCCGGGCGCGGGGCUUUCGCGUGCGCGUCCGAGGACCGGUCCGUCUCCGUCGUGUCGGCCGCGACGGGCGAGACGGCCCUGACGCUGCCCGUCGCGGACGGCCGCCCGACGGCGCUGCGGUUCACGUACCGGAAGGACGUGGAGACGGGCAUCAUGUCGCAGGGGUGGUUGUCCGUCGACGUGGACCACAAGUCGCUCCUGCUGCUCAACCUGUCGGACCCGGAGACCCCCCCCCUGUCGCUCAAGUACGACAGCAACCACGGGAGCAUCGCGGCGCACGAGUGGCACGGCAACGGGUACCUCGUCGUCGCGUUCAGCUCCGGGAAGGUCGUCCUGCAGUCGUCCAUGGCCCGCGAGGCCGGCACCGAGAUCUCCUCCGAGGACGUGGUGUUUGGGCUGUCGUCCAUGACGUGCUGCCCGGCGCUCGGGCGCGGGGCCGUGGCGGGCGGGUCCGAGGUGCGCAUCCUCGAGUUCGGGAGCGAGCUGCGGGAGGUGCCGGCCGACGCGAUCACGCUCCCGUCGGGCGUGAAGGCGCACGGGGUGUGCUGGAGCCCCGACGGGCAGGUGCUGGCCGUGGCCACGCAGGACGGGCGCGUGAUGUGCUUCCUCGCGUCGCUCCCGCCCGUGUCCGCGGCGUUCGCGAGCCACGCCGCGUUCCUCUCGUCGCUGUCCGAGGCGUCCGUCCUCGACGUGCGCAUGGGGCGGCAGGCGCCGGUGCGCACGCUGCCGCUGGCCACGGAGCCCUCGCUGCUGGCGAUCGGGCCGCGGCACCUGUGCGCCGCGCUCAACAACAAGCUCUGGUGCUACUCCACGGCCGGCCUGGGCGCGACCUUGCCCGGGGGGCGGGCGCCGGUGCCAGUGCCGGUCGUGCGGGACUACGUGGGGACGAUCGACGCGCUGGCGUGCAACGACGUGUGGUGCGCGGCGCUCAUGGACGGGCGCGUGUACCUGCAUCGGCUCGACGCGGCCGGCGGGGAGGACGACGGCGACGCGGAGGUGAUCCUCCCCCCGCGCGGCAAGGACCCCGACGUGACGUGCGUGGGGAUGUCGGGCGACUUCAUCACCUACGGCACCGCGCGCGGGAGCGUGUGCUACUUCAUGCUCGAGACGGGCGUGUCCGUCGGCGAGUACCGGCACGGGUGCGGCGUCGCGCAGGUCCACCCCAGCCCCGGCGGGUCGCGCUGCGUCGUGCAGGACGUGCAGGGGCGCGUGUUCCUGCACUGCCCGCUCGACGACACCGUGCUGCCCGUGCCGGACCGCGAGACGUCGCCCGUGCAGCGCGCGGUGUGGGACGUGACGGACCCGAACGUGUUUGUCGUGUGCGACUCGCGCGGCGCCACCGCCUACCUCUACCUCCCCGUCUCCGUCGACGGCGCGGCCAUCCGCCCGCUCGUGCACGUCGCGCUGCCGCCGUCCUACUCCCCCAUGGCCAUGAUGAACGGCGUCCUCGCCUGCCACGUCCGGAGCGGGUCCGUCGAGCACGUCGUGCUGCCCACGCACCAGCACCUCCAGGACGUCGACGGCUCGAAGACGGGCCUCCAGGCGCGCCUCAAGGCUCUCAUCACGCUGGGCCGCCUCCAGGAGGGCUGGGACGCGGCCGUGAAGCUCAACGAGGAGCCGUCGUGGGACGACCUCGCGAACGCCGCGCUGGUGCACCUGGACCUCCCCCUGGCCAUGGAGUGCUACCGCGAGCUGGGCGACCCGGGGCAGGUGAUCGCGUACGAGGCGCUGCGGUGGUGCGAGGACCGCUCGCUGCUCGCGGGGCACGUGGUCCUCUCCACGCUGCGCGACUACGACCUCGCGGAGAAGCACUUCCUCGAGAGCGCGUACCCGACGGCGGCGCUGGAGAUGCGCCAGGACCUGCGGCACUGGGACCGCGCGCUCGCGCUCGCGGAGGAGCUCGCGCCGGACAACAUCGCGGGGUUCUGCUUCGAGGCCGGCCGCAUGGAGGAGAUGAAGCUCGAGUUCGACGUGGCGCUGCAGAAGUACGCCAGGGCGCGCGAGAUCCUGGACGAGUCCGGCGACGGGCGGGAGCCACCGCUGACGGGGGGGCUGUCGCUGUACGCCAAGUGCCUGCACGGCAUCGCGCGGUGCUCGAUCCACCUGGGCGAGAUCCAGGCGGGGAAGCGGAUCUGCUUGGACCUGAGGGACGCGGCGCUGUCCCGGGAGUGCGCGGGGAUCCUGGAGGAGAACAAGAUGUACAGCGACGCGGCGGCGCUGUACCUGGAGGCCGACCUGCCGGAGAAGGCGGUGCUGAUCUACCUGCGCGCGAAGAACUACAACGCCGCGCAGCCGCACAUGUCGAAGAUCACGUCCGCGAAGCUCCAGCUCAACUACGCCAAGGCCCGCGAGAACGAGAGCAAGUUCCACGAGGCCCUCAAGGCGUACCAGGCGGCCGACGACAGCGACAGCGUGGUGCGGCUGUACCUCGAGAAGCUCAACGACCCGGGCAAGGCGUUCACGAUCGUCCGGCGCACGCGGUCCGUCGAGGGCGCCAUCCGCGCGGCCAAGUACUGCAAGACGUGGGGCGACCCCAACGCGGCCAAGCACGAGGUGGAGUUCCACGUGCUCGCGAAGAACUUCGACGACGCGCUGCAGGUCGCGGUGCGCGAGGACGACGUCGAGGGCUUCCUCGAGCAGGCCGGCGACGCGGUGCCGGACCGCAUCAUGGCGCGCGUGGCGCACCACUUCAAGGAGGUGCAGCGGCUGCCGGAGGCCGCGCGGGCGUACGCGCGGGCCGGGGACGCGCAGAUGGCGCUGCAGCUCUUCCUGCGCGCGGGCGAGGAGUACAUCGAGGAGGCGAUCGACGUCGCGGGCACCAGCCCGGAGCUGUCGAGCCAGAUGCUCGACGUGCUCACGGGGGAGACGGGGGGCAAGCGGUGGCCGGCGAAGUACCUGUACAAGCUGCAGAUGGCGCAGGGGAUGGUGGAGGAGGCCGCGGAGACGUCGCUGGAGUGGGCGCGGCAGGAGCAGCAGGACGGGCAGUACAAGAAGGCGCACGAGCUGCUGCUGGAGACGCUGCGGGACACGGUGCGGCGCGGGAAGAAGCCCGCGGUGGAGCUGACGUCGUCGCUGAUGGUGCUGCACAGCUACAUGCUCGCGCGGCUGCUCGUGCGGCAGGAGGAGCACGUGGGCGCGGCGCGGCUGCUCGUGCGCGUGGCGCGCAACCUCUCGCGCUUCCCCGCGCACACGGUGCCCAUCCUGACGUCCGUCGUCGUCGAGUGCCAGCGCGCGGGCCUCAAGCAGACCGCGUUCGAGUACGCCGCGGUCCUCCUGCGCUCGGAGCACCGCAGCCAGAUCGCGCCGCAGUACAAGCGCAAGAUCGAGGGCAUCCUGCGCAAGCCGGACAAGACCGCGGAGGAGGCGGCCGAGGAGCUGGUGCCGUGCGCGUACUGCGGGACGCCCGGGCCGGAGAUGGAGCUCGACUGCCUGCACUGCCGCGCCUACAUCCCUUUCUGCAUCGCGUCGGGCAAGCGCGUGCUGCUGGACGACUGGGGGGAGUGCCCGCACUGCCGCCUCCCGUGCCGCGUGCGCGAGAUGCGGCAGGUCGUGAGCGCCACGCACGAGUGCCCCAUGUGCGCCGGCAAGCUGGAGAUCAACCACGUGCACCGCCUGGAGGACCCGCUGGGGAAGAAGGUGGAGAGGGAGCGCGAGGACCAGGCGAUCGGGCUCGCGGUGUGA